GGCAGAACAUUGAGUAGGGUUUCAAUAUUUCUGAUCUUUUGACUUUUCUAACUGCUUUUAAUAAUAAUUUUGAAUCCUGUUUCGGAAAAGUUACUGCAUAAAUUCCAGAAGUCGGCAAACUUUGACUGAUAUCCUGUAUAAAUCCGUAUUCUUGGCUGUUCUUAUCGAGCGAAUGGACUGGUAAGCGUCAGAUUGCUGCCGCAGCGUGGAUGUGACUUGUGAGGAUGAAUCAAGGAAUGCCAAUGGACUGGAAGAGUCAGGAUUUUCGCAAGAAAUGCGUGGCGGAAAUGGAGAAAAUCCUGCACAAAACUCCUGGCACCAACAUCUCAGCAAGCGAACUGGAGAGCAGGAUCUUCCAGAAAGCUACCAGCAGGGAGGAAUACGUUAAUUAUGUCAAAGCAUGCCUGACCAAAGUUCCACUACAAAUGGCCAAUCGCGCCCAGCAUCAAACCGGCCAGCAACCAACCGGUCCAGGCAUGAGCGCACCCUCCCAGCAGCCGCAGUCCACCGGCCAGCCGCCCAUGUAUCCCGGAGGCGAGAUGCAGCAGCAGCAGCUCCCUCAAGCCCCCAACCAGCCGCCCAUGGGGAUGAUGCCGGGCCAGGGAGCGGCGCCGGGACAGAACUUCGGCAUGAUGCCGGGCUAUCCCAAUCAGCCGCCGUCCCAACAAGCGGGCCAGAUGGGACAGUUCGCUGGACAACCGCCCGCCGGCGCCGGCUAUCCCCAGCCGCAGCAUGUGGGCGGCGGCAUGAUGAUGAAUCCCGGGAUGCAGGGACAGCAGGGCCGGCCGAUGAUGAUGGCCAGCGGCGGAAUGGGCAUGCAGGGACAGCCGGGGAUGAUGCAGCGACAACCGAUGCAGCAGUUCCCGAGCGGCCAACCCGGCAUGAGAGGUCCCUAUCCCGAAGGCGUUCGCACAGCCGUCCCACAGAAUAUGACUCCGGAGCAGCAGCAGCAAAUGCGCCAGCAGCUACUCCAGCACCAGGAGCGUAUUCGCAUGGAACGGGCCAAUGCCGCCAUGCUCAUGAGGGACAAUCAAGGCAUGAUCAAUCAGAACAACCAGCCGUACAACGCUCCCGCCUACCCGGGAUCCAUGCAGCCCCGCAUGCCCAUGAUGCCCAACCAGCCGGCCGCGCCACCGUCCGCCGCGCAGCUGAACCAACAACCAUCGCUCUUAACCCAGCUGAUCAGUGCACCCAUUCCUCCGAACCCGCAGUUCCGUCCCAGUGGACCGGUGGGCCAGCCGCCCGGUCAAGGACAGCCAGGAAACAUCCCACAGCAACCGGAUGCGAGCGGAACGACAGCCAGACCGCCUUCUGUGGUGGCUCUGCCGCCCAAAUCAUCCCCGAUGGGCAUGACGGGCCCACCGUCCAAUCAGCCGGGCAUGGCACCGUCACCGGCCGGCGAAAUCAACCCGGACACGGUACCCAUCGGAUCGGAGCUGUACAAGAAAAAGCUGGAGGAAUUGCAAAAGUUUAAGGAUGUCAUACAACGGAUGCUGUUGAAAUUUCGCAACGAUCCAGAACGACACCAACAACUGGAACGACUCCGUGGUUUACAAACAACAAUUUACGAGAAGUUCGUUCCUUAUAACGUCCUGCUGAAAUGCGAAGGCAUCCUGAGAAACUUUAAUUGGGAGCGAAUGGGAUUAGGGGAAUCAUCGGCCGGAUCCCCGUUGGAGGAGAAGACGCCGGGCAGUCUGCCGGGAUUAACACCGUUAAUUGGCGCGGACACCGUGCCGGAUGCGCUAGUCCGGGUGGAACGGCCCUCUCUCAAGCCCGUUGCUGAGGUGUUAUCGCGAGUGCUAACGGAGCUCAAAGGCGAACAGUUCUCCGCUCUCUGUCAGGCUUGGCGUGCGCGUCUACCGGCGCAUCUGGAUGAUGGGGUUGUGUGGCGGCACGGUGACGCCGAACCGGAUGCCGAGAAGGAUCUGUCCGAUGCCGAUGAGGAGAUGGGUUUAUCAAUCGCCAGUGAGAGCGAACAGAUCGCCAAAUGGGCAGCGGAAAUUCCCGCGGCGCUGCAGCUGGAAGCCGGCUAUCUGCAGCGGGAUUUCGACAUCAUCCUGGAUGUGGAUAUGCACCCGGAUGGGGAGUUGAUCCGCGAUGCAAAGGUGCUAUAUCUCUGCUGCGGACUGAAGAACCAUGGAGCAGAGGCGGCGGUUGUCCCGCCCGUGGGUGUCGUGGUGCCCCUGGAUUAUCCCAAGACGCUCAUCGACUACCGGGAUAUGGAUGUGGCGGCGUAUGGGGAGUCGGCGUUCCUGAAAGAUGUCCGCGGUGUCAUGUGGGAAUGUUUCACGGGAUUGGGAGCGGGGAACGGGUGCAGUCUGGUUGACCUGAUGGAUGGAUGGAGGCAGAGUCUGGUGGCUGUGCAGAAUCGCAGUUGAUGGUUUAACGCUUGGCCGACGUACUGUCGGAAUGAUUUUAUUUGCUGAUAUACCCAAGUUAUCUUCAUGUUAAAAGGUGAAGCCUGGAGCGCAACAUAGUACGGCUUACGCGCUUCUUAGGGGAAAUUUAUUGUGAUAAUUUCCCUACCUGGUAGACACAGUAUAUUGUACUGUAUUAGCAAGUUUUGGUUUAGAAGGUGUUGUGGAAAUUAUUGUAGUUGAAUAUGCAUGUAGAUUACUACCAUUAAUCUGGAAAUUCCGAUGUACUGUACUCGUAUACAUGUCGACCUGUUGCCGCUGUUUGAAUUGAUUCUUGUUAGGCUCUUAAAAGACGAACUUAUGGCUUGUGUUUUGCCUUUACUGCAGCGGCUUUUCGGUCAUGGUGACCAUCCUUUCGGUGUAUUUAUUUUUAUUUUCGAAUCCCCACAAUUAAACCUGUCUCAUACUGUG